CGAGUUCUUUAAUGAAUGACGACAACGUUGUCUUUGAUGUGAUGCGUUUGUUAUGUAUGAAGAAUGUUGCGUUACGAUAAAAAAAAUUAUAUAGAAAAUCCAUUUUCAGGUCCAUCUUCUGAUGAUGAUACUGGUAAUGUCAGCAAGAGUUCAAAAAAUCAGACAAAUGAAUCCGAUGAAUCGAUUCAAGAAAUGUGCGAUAUUUAUGGACAAACACCUCCAAGAACUCGGUUAAAUCGUAAAAAACGGUACUCAAGACAAAAACUCAAUGGGGGAGAAACGAAAUCAUGGGAAAAAGAUACACAAUCAAAAGUGAUGAUUCGCAGACGUAAUACUCUAGACAAUAUAAUUUUUAAUGAGAUGUGUGACAAAGCAGAUAAAGAUUAUGAAAACGAAGCAAAUCGAGAUAUAACGAAGGAAGGAAAUAAAAAAUAUAAAAGAAGUUUAAAAAUGUUGCGUGGAAAUGAAAGAGAUUUAAAAUUAGAUAUAGAGGCAGCUUAUAAUUAUAUGGAAAAAUUUAAUCCUUGUGAAGUAUCAACUCCUAAUCAUAUAAAGAUUGAAACUCGGAAUAGAUUUCGUAGUUUGCGAUCAAAGCCUAUUGAUAUAGAAGAAAAAAAGAUUGAAAUUAAAAUUAAUGAACAGAUUUCGGAUAAUAAAGAAUUAACACCAAAGACGCUAAGUUUUAAAGAACGAGAAAUAUUUCAUGAUACAUUUUCUUUCUUAAUUAGAUUGGGAAGUGUAGAGCGAAAUUGUCCUCGUCAAAUUACUCAUGAAGAAACAUGUUGGCAAAAUGAAUUAAAAGAUUUAAUAUGGCUAGAAUUACAAGCUUAUUAUGCUGAUCGCAGUCCAAUGGCUCAGGAUGAAUAUUUAUGUAAACAACGGGAAACUGUAGAAAGUUUACUUAAAGAAAUAAUGGAGUACAGAUAUGAUCCUGUUGCAAAUGUAAAAAACGACAAUAAAUCAAGUCCAAAUAUAGAAUUAGGUAUUUGUCCAGGUUGUCUUUCAAUGUAUUGUAGAGCAUGUGCACGAGCACAAGGUGAAGCAUUACAACAAGUAGAGACAUUAUUGUCUAGAUUAGAGGCAGCAGAAGCACUUUAUCCUUCAUCACAAGCUUUUGCUAUACAUUAUCCUUUAUAUAAAAGUACAGAAUUCACUGAUAGAGUGAAAGCAAUGUGUCUUUGGUAUAACAUGACUAUACAUCAUCAACUCAAAUUACAAAUAUUAGGAAAAUUACUUAUGAGAUCACAUAUUAAAAGAAAACAUGAUGAUGGAGAUUCUGGAAUAAGUUCACGAUCUUCAGAUACAAUUGAUUCUUUAGAUUGUAAGCAAACUUUAGUACGAUUUGAAAUAUCAAAUCAACAAAAUGAAAAUUCUAGUCCUUCAGAUAGUAACAAUAGUAAUAAUUCUUCUGAUUUAUCCUUUCCACAAUCUUGGCCUUCUACACCUGAAAUUUCAUUUACAAGUAUAGAAAAUUACAAAAGCGAUUUUUAUUUAGUUGAAUUUGAUCGACAAGCUUACAGAAAAUAUAUUGAAGAUGAAUUAAAGACUAGAGGUCUAAGAAAAAGUUUAUAUUUUCUUGAAAGAUUGCAUACUUAUGUCUUAAGAAAAGCAAGAUUGACAUUAGAAAAAAAUGAUAUAAAUGAUACUUUAAAUGAAGAAUAUGAAGGUGAUGUAGAAUUGCGUCGAUAUGGUGCAUGGAGUCCUGAAGCAAGAGAAUUAAAUCUUCCAUCAUAUAGAGCUGCUUUUGUGUUCUUAUCUCGAGUUCCAUUAGAUGUCGUUCAUGAAUUUUUGAGGAUGAGAUUAGAACAAAAACCAGAACAACCCAGUCCUUUAUCAGUUCGACAACUUAUGCGUGAACUUAGAGAAGGUCUUAGAAUUGCAUGUAUUCAUCGUGAUAGAUUUGCUGCCCAUUCUUGUGCAGCAGUUAGUGAUAAUAGUUGCGAAAACUUAUUUCAAGAAAAUGUAAAAGAUUUUGAUGAAAGUUUAAAAGCUGUUUUUGAAGUAUAUCUUGAUUAUCUACAACAAUGGGUUGAUAUGGUACAACAUGAUAGCUUUUAUAAAAAUUUAAUUAUGGAUGAAUGGAUAUUUGUAAAAUCAAUAGCAGGAAAUAUAAUAAAUGGAUGUGAAAUUGGAGGAAUUAAAUUUUGUGAAAUUGUGAAAACCAUGAUUGAGCAAGUUAAAGAAUAUCUUAAUGAAAGACCACGAGAAAUUCAAGAAACUACUGAAGAUUGGAAUGAUAAUGAUUGGUCAAACAGAUUUCAGCGAAUAUUUGUAGAACGUGAAUGGCAAGGAAUGUUUGUAGAGGCUCGAGAAAAAAUAGUUAAAUGUAUUAUCCUUGCUAAAUCUAUAAAACGUGAUAUUGAAAAAUGGCCUACAUUUAAUGAAAAAUUAGAAAAAUCAUUAAUAUCUGUAAAGGAUUCAGUUAUGAGUCUUAAACACGAUAUCACGACUGUAAUUGAAUAUUUUCAACAUAAUCUUAAAAAUAUAAAAGAACCAAAUUAUGAAUAUGAUCGAUCUGCUAUGCGAUCGAGAAUAAGAGAAAUACUUCAUCAAGCUUAUCGAAUGGGUUUUGAUUAUCAUAAAGAAACAUAUAGAUUAUUUGCAUUUGAAGAAAAAGCUACUUUAGCAAGAAGUUUAGUUUCUUUUGCUUUUUUAUGGAUGGAAUUUGUUAAAACACGAUGUGAACGUGGAAGAGGUUUAAGACCUAGAUGGGCAAAUCAAGGUUUAGAAUUUUUAAUUAUAGUAUGUGAACCACAAUAUACCAAACAUUUAACUGAUGAGGAAUUUGAAGAAUUAAAAACUUGUAUGGAUCAUUGUAUUUCACAUGUUGUUGGAAGUACAAAUACUGCUAUAAAUAUAGAAACAGAAAAUUUAAAAAGAUUAUCUCAUUCAAGAGCGUCUUCACCUUGUCAUACCAGAACUGCAAGUUUUUCCCAGAAGGCUAGAGAUAUUCUUAAAUCUCCAGAUAUUCCAUCCUAUUUUAAAAAAGUUUUUUCGUCAAAUGUUGUAGAUGGAAAUAUAAAUACAAAUAAUUUAGAUCAAAUUCUAUCCAGACAGGAAAGAAUCAAUCGAGGUAUACAAAAAAUAGAAUUUAAUAUUGAUGAGAAAUUAAAAAACAGUGAACUUAUUGGACAAGUUAUAGAUAGAAAAGCUGUUGAUAGAGUUUAUAUUAAAGCAAGAAGAGUAACUUUUACUUGGCAAAGAGGUAUUAAAAUUGGACAAGGAAGAUUUGGUAAAGUAUAUACUAUAGUCAACAAUCAAACUGGUGAAUUAUUAGCUAUGAAAGAAGUUCAAUUACAACCUGGAGAUCAUAGAGCAAUUAGACGUGUUGCAGAGGAAUUACAAAUAUUUGAAGGAAUUCAAUACAAACAUUUAAUCCGAUAUUAUGGAUUAGAAAUUCAUCGCGAAGAAAUGUUAAUUUUUAUGGAAUUUUGUGCUGAAGGAACUUUAGAAAGUUUAAUAGCGGGUAGUGAAAAUGGUUUAUCAGAAUCACUGAUUAGAAAAUAUACAUAUCAACUCGUUUCGGCUGUAGUAACACUUCAUUCUCAUGGAAUAGUACAUCGUGAUAUUAAACCUGCAAAUAUUUUUUUAACGGAUGAAGGUAAUUGUUUGAAACUUGGUGAUUUUGGGAGUGCUGUGCAAAUUAAGGCACAUACUACUAUGCCAGGUGAAUUACAAGGUUUUGUUGGCACUCAAGCUUAUAUGGCACCAGAAGUAUUUAUGAAAUCAGAAAGUAGCGGUCAUGGUAGAGCUGCCGAUAUUUGGUCAAUUGGUUGUUGUGUUAUAGAAAUGGCGAAUGGUCGAAGACCUUGGUCAGAUUAUGACUCAAAUUAUCAAAUCAUGUUUAAGGUGGGAAUGGGUGAAACACCAGCAUUGCCAAAAAAUCUUUCAACUGAAGGCAUUGACUUUAUUAAUAAAUGUUUACAACACAAUCCAAAGAAAAGAUUGACAGCAAAUGUUUUACUUACACUUCCAUUCACACAAACAGAAGAUGUUAAUGCUGAUUUAUUGUUACCGCGAUAUCAAGCGGUAUAAUUAAUAAUUAAUAAGAAUUAUUAAAUUAAAAAUCUUUUCAAUUUGAGAAUAUUAAAAAUUUAACAUUAAUACCUGUAU